CUUCUUACUUUCUCCUCUCACCUGCCGUUUUGGCAAGUUUGUCGAGAUCCAAUUUGAUGCAAGUGGUCGAAUAUCUGGGGCUGCAAUUAGAACUUACCUUCUAGAGCGAUCUCGUGUUGUCCAGAUAACGGAUCCUGAGAGAAAUUAUCACUGCUUUUAUCAGUUGUGUGCAUCUGGAAUGGAUGCUGAGAAGUACAAAUUGAGCCAUCCUAGCGAUUUUCACUACUUGAAUCAGAGUAAGACCUACAACUUGGAUGGCGUAAGCAAUGCUGAGGAAUAUGUGAAGACAAGGAGGGCAAUGGAUGUUGUCGGAAUCAGUAAUGAGGAGCAGGAUGCUAUCUUUCGGACCUUAGCUGCCAUUCUGCAUCUUGGAAACAUAGAAUUUUCUCCAGGAAAAGAGCAUGAUUCUUCAGCUAUAAAAGACCAGAAGUCUAGUUUUCAUCUGGGAAUGGCUGCAAAUCUACUUAUGUGUGAUUUAAAUCUGUUGGUGACUUCGCUUUGUACUCGAUCAAUUCAAACCCAUGAAGGGAUCAUAAUUAAGGCCCUUGAUUGUGCUGCUGCUGCUGCAGGGCGAGAUGCUUUAGCCAAGACUAUAUAUGCUCAGUUAUUUGAUUGGCUUGUUGAGAAGAUCAAUAGAUCUGUUGGGCAAGAUCCUGAUUCGAGAAUUCAAAUUGGAGUUCUUGACAUAUAUGGAUUUGAAUGCUUUAAGCAGAACAGCUUUGAACAAUUCUGCAUCAACUUUGCAAAUGAAAAGCUUCAACAGCAUUUCAAUCAGCAUGUAUUCAAGAUGGAGCAGGAGGAAUAUCAGAGAGAAGAAAUUAAUUGGAGUUACAUUGAAUUUAUUGACAACCAAGAUGUUUUGGAUCUAAUAGAGAAGAAGCCAAUAGGGAUAAUUGCUUUGUUGGAUGAAGCUUGGUAUAUAACAAGUUCUUCCUUCUAUAUUGUAUGUUUCCUAAAUCAACACAUCAGACGUUUUCAAACAAGCUGUUCCAAAACUUCCGGGGCCAUACACGACUUGAAAGAGCAAAAUUUUCUGAAACAGAUUUUACUGUCUCUCAUUAUGCUGGCAAGGUUACUUAUAAGACAGAGACAUUCUGAGAUAAAAAUCGGGACUACAUUGUUGCAGAGCACCGUAAUUUAUUAUAUUCUUCGAAGUGCACAUUUGUUGCUGGCUUGUUUCCUCCUUUGGGAGAAGAAUCUUCAAGAUCUUCAUACAAGUUUUCUUCGGUGGCUUCUCGGUUUAAGGUACAAAGCUUCUUCAGAAACUGUUAGCUGCUUUAUGAAUUGUUGAAAAUUUUCUGGUGAAAAUGAAUUCAAUUGGUUUGUAA